AUGUGUCCCGAAUGCUCAAAGGCGGGAAAGCCCCUCACGAUCGAGACGACAGACCUCAAACUCCCCGGCAAGGGCGAGGUCCUCGUCAAGGUCGAAGCAUGCGGCGUGUGCUUCUCCGACAUAUCAUCGGCCGGGUGGCACGGCGGGCACGACGGCCAGUGCAAGGCCUGCAAGAAGGGCUGGCAACAGAUGUGUGACAACCAGGUCGUCAACGGCGAGACCAAGAACGGAGGCUACGCAGAGUAUUGCAUCCUCCGCGCCGAGGCCACCGCGCGUGUGCCCGAGCACGUGGACGCUGCGGCGUACGCGCCCAUCCUCUGCGCUGGCAUGACCGUCUUCAACUCGCUCCGGCACACGAACCUGGCACCAGGUGACACGGUCGCCGUGCAGGGCCUCGGCGGGCUCGGCCACCUGGCCAUCCAGUACGCCAGCCGCACGGGCUACCGCGUCGUCGCCAUCUCGCGGGGAUCCGACAAGGAGAAGUUUGCGCGCCAGCUCGGCGCGCACGAGUACAUAGACGCGGGCAAGGAGGACCCGGGCCAGGCGAUACAGCGAUUGGGGAGAGCGAGCCUUGCGAUGGCUACGGCACCGACUGCUGAUUCCAUUACACCUUUACUGAGCGGGCUUGGUAUCCUGGGCAAGUUGCUCGUCUUGUCAGUGCCGGGGGAUCUCACUGUGAACACCGGUGUAAUGCUCAAGUACGCAGUCUCGGUGCAGUGCUGGCCGUGUGGUCAUGCCUAUGACUCUGAAGACACUAUCGCGUUCACGGAGCAGCAGAGAAUCAACUGCAUGAUUGAGAAAUUCCCACUCGUCAAAGCGAAUGACGCCUUCACUGUGGAAAGAGUCGACGGCAAGGGCAAGAUCCAGAGGCAGAAGACGUACAGCCUGUACGAGGACGAUAUUGAGGUCUUUUAUUCUGCUGUAGACAAAAUUCAAGACCAGGUCGUCGUUGGCGCAUACGUGUCCUUCUUCGAGCUCGGGAUGGACUCUCUACAAGUCCUGCGGAUGACGACGGAGAUGCGUGUACAGCUUGAAAUAAUGGGCGGCUACCCACAGCAGAGACUGGAGAGGUUGUCGCCAAAAUUCAUCUAUGCGCAUCACAGCCUGAGCCGGCUGAGUAGCUUCUUUCUUUGGCCAUGUGGUGAUGCUGUCAAGGAAAUGUCCCACCCCAGGGGCAGCAGCUAUCAGAGCGGAGGAUCAGCUUCUUCUUCUGAAGACAUACCCCCCACGACCCAGAUGCAGACGAUUCUAGAUGAGUACGCGGCAGGACUGCCGCAUCCCAGGCUGUAUCAUCCAGGAGAGAGCCCAUACCAUUCGACAUCAGCAGAUUCCCAAGCGAAGAACAUGACGGUCCUGCUCACGGGCAGCACGGGCUCGCUGGGUUCAUAUCUACUAGAGGAGCUCUGUCACAACGGUCGGGUGUCCAAGAUCGUCUGUCUAAACCGGAGCCUGGAUGCCGCGAAACGACACGCUUCGAUGAUACAGUCGCGAGGCCUCAACGCGCUUGAUCCUUCCCGAGUGCUUUUCUACAAAGCAGAUCUUUCCAAGAGACAGCUUGGACUUGCGGAAGGUAUCUACGAGCAACUUCUCCGGACUGUGACGCACAUAAUACACAACCAGUGGCCCGUGAACUUCAACUGGUCCCUAGCGAGCUUCGCGCCGUACAUAGCCGGCGUGCGUAACCUCGCCGAAAUGGCCCUGCAUUCCAGACACGACGCCUUCCUCCUGUUCGUCUCGAGCGUCUCGUCUGUCGGCGGUUGGAACAAGAGCGAGGCGGGGCAGAGUCCGGCUCUGCCGCCCGAGGAUCCCGUCAGCAACCUGGGCCAGUCGGCCAACAUUGGCUAUGCCCAGUCCAAGCUAAUCGCAGAAUGCCUCCUCGACCAGGCAGCCGCGAAGUCCCGUCUUCGAUUGUCGUCAUCGCACAUGGGCGUGUUCCCUACCAGCUUUCCAUCACGAGACCGCAUCGACUGGAUCCCCGUCGACAAGCUCGCGAGAGUCCUGGUCGAGAUCAUGCACUGGGCCUCGUCGGCCACUGAUCGGCACGGGGAUUGCGCCGCCGCUGGAGCACAAGUGUACCAUGUGGUCAACCCACAGGUGCGGUCAUGGGAAGCGGACCUGGCACCUGCCAUGCUCUCCGCCUUCCGAGCCGGGAACUAUCCGGUGCGAGGUGUCCCGUUUCCCACGUGGGUCGACGAAUUAGCCCGCGUCUCGCAAACGUACACGUCAUCCCAUGACGGCAGUGGCCAGGGGGGACUUGGCAGUGAGAGCGUGCUCUUGGAGCGCCGUGUUCCUGCCAUCAGGCUUCUGGACUUCUUCCUCGACAUAGCUGCUGGGGACGAGCGCGAGAAAUGCGAAGAAAGAUCGCGGGCUCUAACGUCAGAAAAGGCCGAGAGGGCGAGCAAGACAUUGCGAGAGCUGGGCGCAAUUAGGAGAGAAUGGAUCGAUAAUUGGCUAGAGCAAUGGGGCAUCAAGUCGACCUGGUUGAAGUUAUGUUAG